AGGGAAAUAAGGAACCGUUACUGCGCAUGCUCGUAUUGCCGUUGUUUACUGUAGCUACAUGUUCUAACACAAACAAGGUUGAGCAAAUACGCUACGCUCUUCUUCCUCUGAAAGAGACAUCUAGCUUGUGCGAACUAGUGCUACGUUAUUAGCCUUCAACUGAGCAGGUUGAGUGUUGCUGAAUUGCAGCUGUGGCUGUAUCAUAAGUAUACCAUAUGCUCGGUGGAAUCAAUUCAUGUGAAAAGCAGCAAGUAUAACCUCAUCUGCUCAAGUUGUUCUGUUGGUGGCAGACGUAGCUACACACCUCAGACAAUAAAAGCCAACAGUUUAUAAUUGGUUAUUAUAUGCACAGCAGACCAUUACCAAUCAACGUAUCAAAUUUGUACAACUAUGCAGAGGCAGCCGACUGUUGUCAUACAUGGCCACUGUGAUGAUACUAUAACCAGCCGGGUAAGUGAAGACAAGAAUACAAAAGAGGCAGCUUGUGCUAUGCAAACUUUGCCACCAUUAAGAAGAACAGUGCCAGCAGCCAAAGGCAGUCGUCAGACUCACCGUAGCACUUUUCCAAGGUCUGCUGCAGAAAUCACUGCCGAUGUUGGAGAAAUCAAAGUAAUUUUAACAGAGUGGAUGAAAGUUUACAAACUUAUUGAGAGCUUCCGGGUAGAACUAUCUCAAUACUUGAAAGAUUUAGCUCCUGCGGACGUUGUCCAUACACUCAGUCAAGUUGGCUCAAUGGGGCGAACUAAGGAUAGCCCUGUUCAUAUUCAGAUCGGUCAAGUGCAAGAUGCAGUUGUUAAGAGUCUUCGACUAGUGGCCUCACUUGGUGCCUCACUUGCUGUAAGAUCUGUAACCACAGUUCCACUGCCAUAUGAGCAGCUCAUACGGACUAUGAUCGAGACAUCUCUUGUGUGUAACAAAUUAUCCAAACUAAACAAGAGAUAUCAGCAUUCAGUUACUAGCAGGAAACAAUUUGAUAUGCUCAUCAGCCUGAACUGGACAGUGAACAAGUUAAAGAGGGAACUGGUCGUACUAAAGAAUGAAACGAGAAGUCAAGAGAUGUGUUCUGACACUAAUGAAGGAGAUAGUGCUACUCAUGGAAAUGAUGCUGGUCAGUGUCUGAAGAGAGAGGACCAGCCACAGCCAUUACCGAUUCCAAAUUAUAUCAAGUCAGUUGUGUUGAAUCAAUCAGAGGAUUCAGGCGAUAGUAGUGAUCACUCUGAUGUUAUUGGCAAGAAAUGGCGAUGUCUUGCAAAGAAACUAUAUCUCUGGAAUGAAAUCAAAAGAAUGAUGGAAACUAUCACCAAGUCAUCGUUUUACGAUCCUUCAUUUCUGAGAUUAUCCAGAGACAUUAUGAAUUUACUGGAAAAGCGGAUGGCACGACUAGGAACAGAAAUGGGUGUGUUGUCAGAAGUCUAUGAGUUCCUGUUGUCUAAUGUCAAGAGUACAACGAGAGAGGACAUGCAUCAAGACUCACUGAUUUUUCUCAUCACUCCACAGAUGUCGUAUCAAGCACCAUCUGCCCACAAAGUCACAUCUCGUCCAGCAGUUCAGUCAACACGUGGCACCUUGCGCUCAUCCGUCCAUGCACCACCACCAACUGCGAACAGAGCUACUCGUAGAUUGCCCAAUACAAAGAGGCGUGAUUCACAUCACGAUAUGUCAAUGGAUGUGCAAGCUAACUAUGAUGAGGUAAACUCAAGAGAAGGUUUGCAGUUGGCUAAAAGCCAGUCUGUGGCAGACGACUCUGAGACACUUCUAUGGAAUGCAGACAGGUCAGUGGUGAAUACCUUUAGACAUAAUCUGGUGUCAGACUUCACUGCAAUUCCUCGUAUCCAGGAGAUUGACAUGAACAGAGUUCAGAUGGGAAUACAUCUUCCAUGUGCAUCAUGUGAUCUUGACUCCAAUGGGUAUGGUCAACAUAACAAAACACUGAGGAGAAUGGCAACGUAUCGGAGACAGCAGCUAUGUACUGCUGGAUUCAAAACAUCAUAUCCACAAGAUUGGUCUUCGUGUUCAACUGAUGAUAAGGUUGAGACAGAGAGAAGGUAUAGUGUCACAGAUCGAGCACUUUCACCAAUUCGAGUUCCUGUUGUAAGUUCUGAGAGUGACUUAAAGCAAGGAAGCGACAGUGACCUUGCAAAAGGCAAAAGAUCAAAAUCACCCGAGAAGAGAUGACUCUCAUCAAGGAUGGAGAUAUGAUCUGAGUUGUAUGGAGACCAUCAUUACAGUCAUGAACAUAUUAGUGUAGGUAAGUGUUAUGCUAUUUUGGUAAGCAUCAUCGUUGGACGGAUUUUGAAAUUGCACAUGAUGUAACUAUCUAUUUGGUUUUUAGAUACAUUAAGUUAUAUUUUGGGCUUGUGUUAGGUUGAUAAUAUUGAAUGAUAUUGAUAAUGCCACAAUGCA